CUCCCCUUCUCGGUCUCUUGGCCUUCCUUUCAUGCCGGCAACGACCGGCGGCGCCCUUCUCUGGCGACGAGCACCUAGGUUAGGUGGCAGGCUCGCUGGAGCUUUGCUCAUUGACAGCACUCCCGCUCAGGGCCUCAGGUCCAUCUUCUCCCUCUGUUUCUUAAACCUUUCCCUUCUCUCGGACUCUCUCCUCCCUUGCUCUUCCUUCCCUGGCGGCGACGGCUGGGCGAGCGGCAGCGCCAUUUGUCCCCUUUGCCGGCGACGAGCGCAUCCUCCAGGUAGUCUUGUAAACACCACGGAGGUUUUCAAUUCUGUGCAUAAAAGUCAGUUCAUGAACACGCAAUUAGCCAUGUCUGGUGUGUAUGAUGAGAAGCCACCUACAGAGGUUCCCACUGAUCCGGCAUGUUCAAGGAACAGUAUUGAUGAGGAUGAUGAUUGGGUGAUAGUCAAGAAACAGCGGAUCACCAUAUUAAUUCCUCCACCAUCACCAGAUGCUGCGAACCCUGAAUCAGACAGGCCCACAGUAAGUUCUAAACAUUCUGGCUUAACACUGAGGAACAGAGACUGGGAUGCUGCCAGAAAGAAGCACCCUAAGCAGCUGAUUGCCGAGAAAUCCAAGAACACUCCAGAGGAUGGCAAUAGUGAGAAAGCUCAGGUAGACCAUUCUGAAGGUACAGUUCAAAAAGAUGUUCCCAAGAUGGUGGUUGACAUACCGCUACACAGUCCUGCUGCCCCUGUUAUAAAGUCAGAAUGGACUGAAGGUGGAUUUCAGGCUGUUAAAGGACUCUUUCAUCAAGGCAGCGGACAAGUGGCAAAUUCCACUGGAAUCAUGUAUAAUCCAAUGAUGCCAGUUAUUUCUUCACCUGUUGCAGAUAAGAUCAUGCGAGCCCGGCUUCUUGAGAGACGCGUUGCUCGGUUUGGAGGACUGAGGAAUUGGCUUUUUGAUUGCGGUCUUGGAUGGUUUGUCGGCAUAUUGGACAGUGAAAAGCUGGGGAUGUACCAGCUAGUCUCCCUUACAAUGACCCAGCUGAAAGAAAUGGGCCUUGUUGCUGUAGGUCCACGGAGAAAACUGAUCCAUGCCAUUGACAGUCUGUGCUGCCCUCGCCAUGUUGAGACGGUUUCUUGAUCUCUAACACAUUUUAGAUGGCUAGAAUGUCAGAAAGCUAUUACAGGAAGGAAUGUCUGAGUGGUCAGCGAUUGCAGUCAGUUUGGUUACUUAAGCCAUAUUUGUCUCUUGUAUGGAUAGCUAAAGGUUGACUCAUGACCGGGAAUCAGAAGCUGAAGCGAUUGCUGAAAGCAUUCGGGAAGCUGAACCAGGAAUCAGAAGCUAAAGUGAUAGGCAGUUCAUCCUGCUUUGAGACAUGCUUUUCUAGACUGUCCCGUGUAAGAUAAUCUGACGUAGGUCGAGCUUGAUACCAUGUAAUCUCGCAGGUAUGGAAGGACAUUUCCUUCUCUAAGAACUGAGGACUUUUAUGAAUCUGUCGGGCCUCUCCCCUGGCAAAUUUGCGAUGUCUGAGUUGGUGGGUACCCGCGUAAUUGUAAAAGCUCUUGUGUUUGGAGUUGCAUUUACUGCUGCAGUUGAGGAAUUAAGAGGAUCGGACAUUCUAAAGUUAAUCACAAGUGAGGCAGAUACGCUCAUUUGGCUUUUCAUGAAGUGGAUACCAUAACUUGUUUCAAAGCCUUAAAAGGUGAUUAUGCAUUAGCAUCCCAGGAAAACUGCUGUUCUUGAGCAGUUUGGUAAGGGAUUUACCAGUUUUACCAGGUCAGAAACCUGCUAGUUCUGUUGCUGAAAAUGGUGUAGAGUAGGCCACUACUGCACCAUCGCAUAUAGCUUGUGACUUGUUAAGUUGUUGGGAUCCGUGGACACUCCUUUUAUUUAGAAAUGUUGUGCAAACACACCAGUUGCCAUGCAAAAGAACAUUUCACAUUUGGAUAGCUUACUGAAGAAAUGAAUCACAUGACUAUGUGCGGCCAUAAA